UUGGUUGUUUAGUUGUUUGCUUAUUCUCUUGUUUACUCCUGAGCUUGAGUACGAAUAACAGAACGACAAUACUAACAAUACUAUAAACGACUGCGUACAAAUUCUUCUUUCUCUUUCUCUUCAUCUCACUUCAAUUCGAGUCCAAAUUCGAGUAUCACGAGUAUUCCGACACGAAAGAUUCUACGGCAACUUAAUACAACAACAAUCCUUCACCACAACCAUCUUCUUAUAGCUAAUUCGUUACUCUUCCUCUCAUUUACGAAUCCUUCCAAUCUUUGCAUAGGUCCAUCUUCUUUCAAGAUAGAUGCUGUUGUUACCAUAAACCCAGGAUCAAUUACCAUUCCAAACUGCCCCUCCUUCACCGCCCCACUUCAACGGACAAAAGCAGAUUUAUUUCAACUUGAUUGACCUCGACGUUCUCUAAACCUUUCAACAUCAAGUAUAUUCGACAAUGGAGAACUAUCAGAAGCUGGAAAAGAUUGGAGAGGGUACUUACGGUGUUGUUUACAAAGCCAAGGAUCUUUCCCAUCCAGGACGUAUCGUGGCCCUUAAGAAGAUUCGACUCGAGGCAGAAGAUGAAGGAGUUCCUAGUACCGCCAUUAGAGAAAUUUCUCUCCUCAAGGAGAUGAAUGAUCCAAAUAUUGUUCGACUUCUCAAUAUUGUUCAUGCAGAUGGCCAUAAAUUAUACCUCGUCAUGGAGUUCCUCGACCUUGAUCUUAAGAAAUAUAUGGAAUCACUUCCAGUUGCCGAGGGUGGUAGAGGUAGAGCUUUACCGGAAGGAUCUGGUCCAGAUUUGGGUAGAAUGGGUAUGGGUGAUGCUAUGAUUAAGAAGUUCAUGAGUCAAUUGUGCGAAGGUAUCCGAUAUUGUCACGCCCAUCGAGUUCUUCACCGAGAUUUGAAGCCACAGAACUUGCUCAUUGAUCGGGAAGGUAAUCUCAAGCUUGCAGAUUUCGGUCUCGCUCGUGCUUUUGGUGUCCCUCUUCGAACAUAUACCCACGAGGUUGUUACCUUAUGGUAUCGUGCUCCUGAAAUUCUUCUCGGAGGUCGACAAUACUCAACGGGUGUUGAUAUGUGGUCUGUUGGAUGUAUUUUCGCGGAGAUGUGUACCAGAAAGCCAUUGUUUCCAGGUGACUCUGAAAUUGACGAGAUCUUCAAGAUCUUCAAACUUCUAGGUACACCCAACGAUCAAGAAUGGCCCGGUGUCAGUGACAAGACCUGUUUCCCCGACUUUAAACCAUCUUUCCCCAAGUGGCAACGCGACAUGAGCCAACCUCUUUGCACGAAUCUUGACGAUAACGGACUGGAUCUCCUUGAAUUGAUGCUUGUCUAUGAUCCAGCUGGACGUAUUUCUGCCAAGCAAGCAUGUUCACACCCAUAUUUCGAGGAAGGAAGCGCGGCAUACUCCGGACGAGGCGCAAGCUCUACAUAUAAAACUACAAACGGAUACCACUGAGGACUGAAACAUACCAAUAAUUGCAUACAUUGGAUGGUUAUGAGUUUGCGAUAAGACGAGCUGAGAUGAUUUAUGAUAUUAAAAACCACGGGAGUGAGGGACACUAAAUGGAAGGGAAGAAUGGUUGGGGCGGACGAGGAAAAUGAAUGAAUAGAGCUUAUAGCUAUACAUCAAAUAGCCAUGAGCUUCAGGAUAAGAAUUGCAUGCAUGGAGGGGGUUUUAUUAUGAAUGGAGUGGAUGGGAUACACUGUUAUGGCUGACAAGCUACAUUUCAUUUUCUUUCCCCUUUAAUUUAUUCCACGUUACUACCCUAUGUUUUCUGCGCCUUUUUUGUCCUUUUUUAUACCUACACUUUUGCAGUCUUGAGAGACAGACAGACAAUUAAUGGAUGGCGUCUUUCUAGCAUGCCUACAGUCCAUUUUUUAUGCU